AUGACAGAAACAAACACUCAAGAUUCUUCACAAAUGGCUGACAAAGCAUCACUAUCAGACUCCCAGGUGGUCAUAUGGAAAAAGGUAACCGGGUUGAAAUUCAAAAAAAAAGCAUACAAAAGGAUCACAAGCCAGCAAAAGCACAAAACAGCAUCAAGAAACACACAAGGCACACCACCAACAACAGCAAAAGCCAAACUAUCCACACCCAAAUCCGCAAACACACUGAAACCAAAGAAAACAACGAAGACAAAAAAAACACAAUCCCAAACACAAAAACCUCAACCAAACAGACGCAAUAACCCAGAUUAUGUGCAGAUCAAGAGCAACAUGCUCACAUUUGACAACACAUUGCAAACGGUAAAAGACAAGCUUGCAGCAAGAAAGGAUGUCCUCAAGAUCCUACAAAAAACGCCAUUCUGGAGCAUCAUCAAGGCUUACAUGGAAGGUCAGUUAACCAAGGUAGAAUGCCAGAAGUCUAAUUAUCAAAUAAUUAAACUAAUCAGACUCUACAACCCCGCAACCAAAAAAUUCAAAUUCAGUGAAGGCAACGAGCAUGAAAUUACAAGCAAUGAUGUGUCUGACAUCUUUGGAUUGCCAAACAAAGGAAACAAGUUGCCAAGCACAACAACUUCCACAAGAACAAAUUUGGCCUUCGAAAAGAAGUACUUCGAGAAGUCAAAAAAAAUCACAAAAACUGAGAUUGAUAGGUGUCUGAACACAGCAAUAGCAGAUGACAGAAAGAAGAAUGCAAUGGAUGUUGUCAGGUUGUUAAUCCUAGAGCUCUUCAUCACAAAUCUCUUUUGCAACUCUGGGGCGACAAUGGCUUGGACCUUUUUGACUAUGAUCGACACAUUAGAAGCUAUGAACAGCUACAACUGGGCACAAGGAGUCUUAGAUUACAUGCAUUAUGGACUGGACCAAGCCAUAAAAAAUAAAAAGGACAAGACAAAUCAACCAAGCGUCAGUGGUUGCCUUGUGCUAAUCCUGUAUUGGCUGUGUGAAAGAACUAACCUGAUCAGUCCAAUUCCUGGAAGAGAAGAUCACAAACCAGCGGCUAUAAAAGCUGCUGACAAUGAAAAAGAAGAAGCAACAAAGACUGAUCAUGCAGACCAUGAAGAACAAGAAGAAAAUGAAGAGGAUGAUGACUUUGUUAUCACACUUAAAGAUUGGUUAAAGAGUCAAACACAAAAAGGAAAAAGCCAGACUGUUAUUACCCAGAAACAGAACUUCAGCUUCCAUGAAAAUGUGGACCAAAGUGCAACCCAGACAAAAACUCCACAACAGGAGCAAAAUGAAGACAAUGCACAAUCAUUGGGAUGCAAAGCAGAUGAUGAAAUUGAAGAACCACCAGCACAAUCAUUGGAAUGCGAAGCAGAUGAUGAAAUUGAAGAACAAGCAGUUGACCUUAGUGCAGACUCAGUGACGGAGGAGGACACUGUUAAUGUCCAGCAACAGAACCCAGAACUUGACAGCCAAGAAGAAGACUUCGACUCCAUUUUUGUGGACAUAGUGGGGUCAAUCCCAGAGUACUACAAGCAUGAAAUAGCCCCUACCCAUGAGAAAAUCCAACAGCUGAAAGAAGCAGUCGACUAUUGGAUUGAAAAGGCAGAUACUCGAAGGGAUAUGAUGCAGACUGCUAUAGAAUCCUGCAUAAAGAAAAAUUCAUUCAUUCAACAAAUAUGGACUGAAAAAGAAGAGUUGGAGCAACAAAUUGAAAUACUGAAAAAGCAGCUUGAGCAAGAGAAAAAAGAAGGUGCAAAAUUACAAGGGGAACUGCAUGCACUCAAAUCAAAUAGGAGACAGCUACAGGAACAACAUGAACUACUUGAAGGGGAAAAGUUGUCCUGCAUUGAGAGCAUGAAAGAAAAAGACACUGUUAUUGCCUCUUUGCAACAAGUGAUGGGAAAAAAAAUCAAACAAGGUGAACAAGGAGAAAUUCCGAUGAAAGAACAAGCUGAUAAGGAGAAAAAAGAUGAGAGAAUAGCAGAAGAAAGUGAAUUGGAGAUGCAAGAAUCUCCUAAUGAUGAAGAUGAGAACGCCGAUGGAAAAACUCCUGAAAAGUUAGUUAUCAUGCAAGCAAAAGAAGUAGGAACACGGCCGUUGCGUUCUGGCAUCAAAAUAAUCAAAGACAGAAAAGACAGAAAGCCUGCAAAGAAACCAGAUUACACAUACCCCGAAGCACAUAAGAAAGGCCGAAAAAGAGCAAGCCAAAGCGAAGAUGAAGCAGCCAACAAAAAAAGGAGGACAAAGAUACAUACCUUCAGUUGCACAUGUAUGAGGGACGCUUUUUACCUACAAAAUAGGACAAUAUUGUACAAACAUAACAUUGAAAAGCUGAUGGGAGAUGGUCCAAUUUCUGCACUAAUCAUCGAUGCUUAUGGAGAGGCACUUAAUGAUGAUGCGAAGCAGAACCCUCAGAAACAGAAAAAUGCAUAUUUGUCCGCCAAUAACUAUAUGUUUUUGCGAGGUGCCUCACACAAGCUGACAUAUCAUGCUUUCUAUAUGCCACUCCUAGAAAAUAUUGGAAGAGUUGAUAGAGUGUUCAUACCAAUUACAGAUGAGAACCACCAUACGCUGCUUGUCUUUGACACCGGUGCAGCAAAAUGGACACACUUCAACUCAUUCAGGGGGACAUCAGAACAAACUCUCCAAUAUUAUCACAAGAAGGCAAUUGUUUUGGUUGAGACAGCAAAUAUAUUCCUCUGUCUUCUUAAGGAAUGUGCUGCAGUAUCACUGAAAACAAAACUCGUCCAAAUUCCUGAUUUUGAUGCCAAGAAGCCGAGAGGGCUUAAUGAAGCUUCAGCUAGAAUGAUAACAAAAAUACUUGCCAGCAACGAACUUACACCAGAAUAUGCUCAGACAAUGAAGUAUCUGAUUUGUCAUGAUACUACUAACUUCAAGCUGACUGAGAACAGAGAAUGUCCCCAACAAGCAAACAAUUCGUAA